CAACGACACGGCAGCAGAGCUUCAUCUGGAUCCUCAGCAUCAUCAGCAUCCGCCGCGGCGGAGAGGACGAGAGACAAAGAGACAGACAGAGAGACAGACAGGCAGGCAGGCGCGAGGUGGAGGGAGACGAUCUCCACCGUCUGAUAACAGAGAGACAGACAGAGAGACAGACAGACAGGCAGACAGAGAGAGAGACGGGCCUUCUGUGUUCAGUGUGUGAUGGCCGACCACAUGUUCCUGCCGCUGUGUCUGCUGAGUGUGUGUGUGUUGUUGUAGGUGGGUGUGUUCGCUGUGUGUGUGUGUGUUCGGGGUGUGUGUGAUGGGGAACGCAGAGAGCAUGGAGAGCCAGCUGGCGGUGAUCCGGUCCAGAGCCGCCCCGGUUCGACUCCCGAUGCCCGACCCGGCCGAGCUGGAGGAGAGGUUCUCAAUCGCACUGAAUUCGAUGAACCUGCCUCCCGACAAGGUGCGUCUGCUGCGCUCCUAUGACAACGACAAGAAGUGGGAGCUGAUUUGUGAUCAGGAGAGGUUUCAGGUGAAGAACCCGCCACACACCUACAUCCAGAAGCUGAGAGGCUUUCUGGACCCGGCUGUCACACGCAAGAAGUUUCGAAGAAGAGUUCAGGAGUCGACUCAGAUGCUCAGAGAACUCGAGAUUUCUCUGCGUACAAACCACAUCGGGUGGGUCAGAGAGUUUCUGAAUGAGGAGAAUCGAGGUCUGGAUGUUCUGGUCGAGUAUUUGUCCUUCGCUCAGUACGCUGUCACGUUUGAUGGCGAGCAGUCAGAGGCCGGAGGUGAGGUCUCGUCCAUCGACUCUCCCUGGAGUCGCUCCAUAGAGGAUCUCCAUGGCGACUGCAGUCUCCCCUCGCCCUCCUCCUCUGCUCCCCGAGCAGCUCGCCACUCCAUCAGCUCUGCGAUGGUGACUCGCUCCAACACGCUGCCGAGUCGCCGGACUCUGAAGAACUCACGACUCGUCUGUAAGAAAGACGACGUCCAUGUUUGUGUCAUGUGUCUGAGAGCCGUCAUGAACUACCAGUAUGGAUUCAACAUGGUGAUGUCACAUCCUCACGCCGUCAACGAGAUCGCCUUGAGCCUCAACAACAGGAACCCCAGGACGAAGGCUCUGGUGUUGGAGUUGUUGGCGGCGGUGUGUUUGGUCAGAGGAGGACAUGAGAUCAUCCUGUCAGCCUUCGACAACUUCAAAACUGUGUGUUCGGAGUCGAUGCGUUUCGAGAAGUUGAUGGAACAUUUUAAAAACGAAGACGACAACAUCGACUUUUUGGUGGCCUGCAUGCAGUUCAUCAACAUUGUGGUUCACUCGGUGGAGGACAUGAACUUUAGAGUCCAUCUGCAGUACGAUUUCACCAAACUCAACCUGGACGAACACCUGGAGAGGCUGAAGCACACAGAAAGCGACAGGCUGCAGGUUCAGAUUCAGGCGUACCUGGACAACGUGUUCGAUGUUGGGACACUGCUGGAGGACGCAGAGACCAAAACUGCUGCUCUGGAACGGGUGGAGGAGUUGGAGGAGAGCAUGGGCACGAUGUCAGAGCGUCUGCUGGAUGUGGAGAACGAAGCGAUGCUGAAGAUCGUUGAACUGGAGAAACAGCUGAUGCAAACCAACAAGGAGCUGGACCACGUUCGGGAGGUGUACGCCAGCACUAACACUCAGGUGCACACCUUGCGGAGGAUCGUUCGGGAGAAGGACCAGACAAUCCGGCGUCAGAGUCGUCUUGAGCGUCAGGCUCAGGAGGCCCAGCAGUCCGGAGGACCAGGAGCUCCUCAGCCUCAGAGAGGAGAGGGAGACGGGGGAGUAGCUGACUCUGCCUCCCCCUCACCUCCACCCUGUCCUAACCUGUCCCCCAGUCCUGAGACCAUAGCCUAUCACAGCAUGGGACCAGGGGUGGGUGAAGCUCCAGGGAUGCCGAUGCCGCCCCCUCCUCCUCCUCCACCUCCAAUGCCAGGCACAGUGUCAAAUGGGUCAUACCCUGCACCUCCUCCACCUGCUCCUCCUCCUCCCCCUCCUCCACCUCCUCCUCCAUGUCGGACCAGUGAGCUCUCCUCCGUUCCCAUGCCCCCUCCUCCUCCCCCCGUGGCCCCCCCUCUCCCAGGGUCAGGGCCCACGGUCAUCUUUAACUCUGGAUUAGCAGAGGGUCCUCUCAAGUUAUUCUCGGUGAAGAUAAAGAAGCCGAUCCAGACUAAGUUCAGGAUGCCGGUUUUGAACUGGGUCGCCCUGAAGCCGAGUCAAAUCAACGGGACAGUCUUCAACGACAUCGACGAUGAGUCCAUCCUGCAGGACCUGAAUGUGGAAGAGUUCGAGGAGCUGUUUAAGACGAAGGCUCAGGGUCCGGCGGUGGACUUGACUCUAUCCAGACAGAAACUUCCUCAGAAAGCUCCAUCCAAAGUUUCUCUGCUGGACGCCAACAGAUCCAAAAACCUGGCUAUCACUCUGAGAAAAGCAGGCCAGGGGUCAGAGAUCACCUGUCGCGCCAUCCAAACGUUUGACCUGCGAACAGUUCGGGUUGACUUUGUGGAGUGUCUGAUGCGCUUCCUGCCGACGGAGGCCGAGGUGAAGCUUCUACGGCAAUACGAGAGAGACAGGAAACCCCUGGAGUCUCUGAGCGACGAAGACAGAUUCAUGAUGCAGUUCAGUCGCAUCGAACGACUCAGUCAGCGAAUGUCUAUCAUGACUUUCAUGGGCAACUUCACCGACAACAUCCAGAUGUUAACUCCGCAACUCCAUGCCAUAAUCGCUGCUUCAGUUUCCAUAAAAUCAUCUACGAAGCUGAAAAAGAUCCUGGAGAUCAUCUUGGCUCUGGGGAACUACAUGAACAGCAGUAAGAGAGGAGCUGUGUACGGAUUCAAACUGCAGAGUUUAGACCUGCUCUUGGAGACGAAGUCGACAGACAGGAAACAGACGUUGCUUCAUUACAUCGCCAACGUGGUGCGAGAGAAAUAUCCUGCAAAGAGUCUGUUUUACAACGAGCUGCACUACGUCGACAAGGCUGCUGCAGUGAGUCUGGAGAACGUGCUGUGUGAUGUGAAGGAGCUGCAGCGCGGCAUGGAGCUCACCUGGAGAGAGUUCAGUGUUCAACACAAUGCCACGCUCAAAGACUUCAUCAGCAGGCACGAGUCACGACUCAGCAAACUGCAGGAGGACGCACGCAUAGCUCAGGAUGCAUUUGAAGACGCUGUGAAAUUUUUUGGGGAAAGCUCUAAGACAAUGCCGCCGUCAGUGUUCUUUCCCAUCUUUGUUCGUUUCAUUAAAGCGUACAGGCUGGCGGAGGAGGAGAACGAGCAGAGAAGGCGUCAAGAACAAAUGUUACUGGAGAAACUGGAGCAGGAGGAGCAGCAGGAGGAGGAGGAGACCAAGUCUCCCUCCCACAGGGGGAAGCGGCAGCAGCAGGAGCUGCUGACGGAGCUCAGACGGAAGCAAGGAAAAGACAGUCGGCAUGUUUACGAAGGGAAGGACGGAGCCAUCGAAGACAUUAUUACAGCUCUGAAGACCGUCCCCUUCACAGCCCGAUCGGCAAAACGCAGCUCUCGCUUCUUCAAUGACCCCACGCACUCUGAGGAGCACUACUGAGAAAGAGAGACAUGACAUCAUAAAUAAAGACAUGACAUCAUAAAUCAGUUUUAAUGUCAGCAUGUUUCCAGAUGAUGUCAUGUCUUCUUACGAUGGCCAAGCCCACUUUUAAUCCAUGGGACCAAUUAGCACUUUGAACAUUUCUGAUCAAUUGAUGUGAACUGAUGACAUCAUGUUUUGUAUGUUAUUUUAUUGGUCAGUUUGAGGGCUGACCAGGUUCCCAGACACCACCUGACCUCUGACCCACUAUCUACACUGCUGUCAAACUAUUCAAAAACCUGGCAACUUCAAGUAUUUGACAGAAGAGCCAGGGUCCUGGUCCUGUGGUCCUGUGGUUGUUCUGGGUUCCUUCAAUCUUUGUCUUUAACUGGUUCUUGUACAGGGUUCUACUCCUUUCACAUCAUUACAUUCUACUGUGUUCUACUGUAUUUACUAGCCUUACGAGAGCCGGGGAUAUACAGAGUAUGGCAUCUUUCUAAAGGGUUAGUGUUUCCCCUUUUAUUAACUUUAUUAAGUGUCAAACUCUGGCUCUCUGUGACUCUUGCCCGACCCCGUCACCUUCCAUAACCUGAAGCUCCCUUUCAAUGCAUUUCCUCUGAAGUUCUGCUGUCAGCCUGUUAGCUGGCACUGGAGCCAGAAACACCAACCUUUAAAAAAACAGACAUAAUUUAAGUAUGUGAAUGCAGAACCUUUAAGCUACAAAAGGUUGAACUCUGGUCUUGUUGUGUUUUAAAAUGUAUCACCUGACAGUCAUGAGGCAAAGUUAAAAGCAGUGAGACAGAAGAAAAUACUGUCCAAUUUGUCUCAAUCUUCCCAUCAAGAACUCAACAGUUGCUAUAAGGCUCAUACAUAUGGGUCAGAAGGAUUCAGCUCUGCUCACUAGUAUGUUAUCAGCCCAAAUAUACUUAAAAAACUAUGGUUCGGUUUAGGGGUAAAAUAAAACGUUUUAAAACCUUGUUAUUAAACGUACACACAUUAGGAAAAAAUUUAAAAUUAACGAAAAGGCGACUUUUCAUUUCACAAUCUUAAGUUUCACACUGGACUUCUGGAUGAAAGUUUAUGUUGUUUGAGACCUGAUCCUCCUCUGUUAUAAUUACUAUGGCCACUAGAGGUCAGCCUCUAAUUUUAAACAUUAAAAAAAACAGAAGAUUUAAUGGGUAGAUAACAUUUUCAAAGGCGGAGCAGGAGCAGUCUCCUCCUGACUGAUCUACGAGACAUUCAGUCACAUGAAAACAUUCAAACCAGGUCAACAUGAACACAGUGUGAAAAAAUUGAAGUCAGUCUACUGGUGCGGCUCAGGUCGGGACACACCUGCAAAAAGAUGGAAGGACCUACAUGGAAAAAAGUCUGGACGUAAAGAUAUGGACAACUACAGGCAGAUAGUUUUUGAGAAUCUGGACAGACCUGCUGUGUUCUCCUUCAAAGUCUCCCGGUGUCCCUACGGAGUGUCCAGCCUCAUCUUGGACCUGGACACAUCUGUAGGGUUGCUGCCCUUCUCCUCCCCUCUCCAUUUCAAGUCAAAAUAAGACAAAAAAAGUGAAACAGCACAAAGUUUUCUACGUGUACAUACAUUUUCUAGAAAGCUGUAGCGUUGCUCGUACUGUUCAGUGUUUGUUGGUUGUUGGUGAUUCUGCACUCGGUGUGAAUAAAACGCACCUAUCAACA